GCCUUUUAGAAGGAAUGUAUGUAACUUUCACGGUUCACGUUUGCGUUUGCUUGAAAAUCCAAACAAGACAGCACAACAGCUUUCUGCUUAUUUGUUUGUUAUCAGCUGAGCUGAUGUGAACAUUCUUCUCAGCAAAAAUGUGAAAAUAUAUCGUGAAUUCGUGACAAGGCUAUUGGCUCUGUCACUGAGUUUAAGAAACCCAAUUUUAUUGUCUUGUCAACUGUUUAUUUUAGCCAACUUUGUUAAAAUUUCAUGAAAAUGAAAUGUUUUCAAGAGCAAAUGAUGCUGCCAGUCUAUCAGAGAGUAAUAAUAGUUCAGUGGACUGGGAAUGUGACGCAGAGUCACGCAGUUGGUCUAGUUCAGCAAGCUGGUCAGAUGAUGUUGAAGGAGAAGCUACUGGACGUUUAUGGCAACAACUGGACGACAUUGAUAGUGUCUUGUAUGGCGAGGCCUCACCCAAAAUUUUGCCUCUUACCCUGCGGCAAGAGGUGGCACAAUGGCGAGCGACCUUCCCUCAUCUCCGAAUUUGUGGAACAAAACCACCUAUGGGGCCACCACCUACCGAAAAAGAGGAGGGGCAAGAAGAAGUUUAUGCCUCUCAUGGGGAGUACUCAGAAGAGUGUGAUGAAAGGUAUAACUCUGACCAGAAGGAACUACAAGAACAAUUAAAAAGUCAGGUGAUGCAAAAAUUAUUCUUGAAAGUACAACCUGAGAUAAUUGCUGGUCUUCAAGCAAAAUCUAUUAAGGAUAGUGUCCCGUCUGUCAGUUCUGUUCGAGAACCACUUUUAACUCAUCGCCAGUCUGCACGCAAGGAUAGUAUUCGGAAACAGACAGCUACUCAUGAAUCUAAUUUAGGAAGCAUUUUAAGAGUAUCACCAUUGCCUAGGCGAGUCACUGUGUCUAGAGGUAAUAUUCAAUCAUCAAGAUCCAGUGUUGUUUUACCACCUAUUGAACCUAUGAAAGGAUCCUCGGCAGCUCCCCUGACAGUGCUUGGUCGUCAGACUCGUCUUGUUCAACCCAAGAGCAAGAUCACUCGUUAGAAAAGUUCACAAGGAUCGAUAGCCAUAUUUUGCAUUCUCUAAGAUGGGAUGCUGUGAUCUAGUCUCCAUUUAAUAUUGCUUUAAAAUUUUUUCUAGAUUUAAUCCAAUUGUGUGAUGAGGUAAAAGCAUUAAACAUUUGUAAAAUUCAAAA